ACUGAGCUCAAUACUUCUUAACUUGUUGGGUGUCUAGCUCUCUUCUCGCUGAUCAUCCUCCUUCCCUUUCUCUCGCCUGAAAAACAGAUGGAAACCACCAGAAGUGAGAUGAACUUCUUGGAAGCCUUAGAAAAUGGUAUGAAAGCUAACAAUGACGGUUCGUCUUCAUCGCAUAUCAGUGAUCAGAGCAAGGCAAAGGCACCAAAGGGACUUCACUUACCCUCUAAUGUUAAUCCAACAGUUGAUCUCAAUACUCCAUACUUUGUUUUUGUUAUGACGAAUUCAAAAACGUUCGAGUUGUUACAUAGAAGUCAAAACGAAGUUAAAAAGGUUGUGGUUCAUUCACUACGUCUUCAUGAGGAGCCCCCAAUAGAGGAUCGUCCAACCAAACCAGAAUAUGAUCACAAAGUGGAUAAAAAAUAUGUGGACAGGAUUAACAAAAUUUCUCCUGGUUUAUCAUAUAAAAAUGGUAAAGACCACCGAAUACAUCAAUAUGGAGACCACGGUUAUCUUACUGGUUUGGAUCAAUUAGAAUAUUUUGAGAACAUAGAUAAACUUUAUGAACAUUUCAAAGAGAGCCUGCCAGUUGGUCCUAAAAUAAAUAUAUUAGCUAAAGUUGAGACUAUAGGACGAGUAGUUGAUGGAGAGUCUAAAGACGUUAAGUGGAAUGUUCUUAAUAUAGAGAGUAUUGCUAAUCACCUGAAAAAUAAGUUCGGGAGUGAGGUGGGCUUAUGUUUUGUAAGAGAUUGUAAUGGAGUGAAGUAUCUUUAUGAGUAUAAAUUCUAUUUCAAUAAGAAUUUUGAGAUGGUGAAUGCACCCGAUGGCGAAAAGCUAAAAAUCGUGGAGUACCCAAAUCUCAGGCCGACAAUUAAGGACAGGAAACAUGGACAUCAUAAAAUGUCCACUGAUAACCUUAACAAUGAAGAGAAAUCUUUGUAAGGCUUUGACUGCACGGAUUGGUACCGGUGAAGGUUUAUGUUUAAUGAACUCGGUUAACAUGUAUUAUGUGUUUUCGUCAUCCUACUUAUUAAGUCGUGAAAGUUGUACUAUAUAUGUAUUUUUGGUGUGAUGUGUGAUUAUGUAUUGUGUGUUUUGGUUAGGGGUGGGACUUUUCAA